CUAUGGAUCUUAUCAAUAAGCAUCAAGUUCAAACUAUUAUCGGGCCACGAACAUGGGAAGAAGCAUCCUUAGUUGCAGAGGUUGGCAGCCAAGCUCAUGUCCCUAUUCUUUCUUGCGCCAGUGCAACUCCACAGUGGGCAUCUGAGAGGUGGCCCUUCCUCAUUCAAGCCUCACCCAACCAACAAGCAGAAAUCGAAGCAGUGACUGCAAUUAUUCGGUCUUGGGGAUGGCAUAGGGUCGCCAUAAUAUAUGAGGAUAUCGACUCAGUAGCAUCUGAAGUUAUCCCUCAUUUCACCUAUGCCCUGCAGGAUAUAGGCGCAGAAAUCAGCCGUCUUGUAGCUCUCCCACCUUUUGCUUCUUCAUUGUCCAAAGAACUCACGAGCCUAAAAAAGGAGCAGUGUCGAGUAUUUGUUGUUCAUUCCUCGUUGUCAUUCGCAACACACAUGUUUCAGCAGGCGAAUCAAAUGGGGAUGAUAGAGAAAGGUUAUGUGUGGAUCACUAUGGACACCAUUACAAGUCUCGCCCACUCUCUCAAUGCAUCAACCAUCUCUACAAUGCAAGGAGUGGUAGGGGUCAAGAGCUACUUCAACGAAACCGAGCCAAAAUUUCAGGAUUUCUAUGUCAGAUUCCGGAAAAAGUUCAGCUUGGAACAUCCUGAAGAGGAAAACCAUGAGCUUGGAAUUUUUGCAGUGCAGGCCUAUGAUGCCAUAUGGACAGUGGCUCAAGCCUUGGUGGGCAACAACCUGGGGGGCCAACACAUACUAGAACAAAUUUCACUAACCUCCUUCCAUGGAUUAACAGGACUGGUUGAAUUCACAGGCCGGAGAAUAGCUCCAUUGCGUAGAUUUCAGAUUGUCAACAUGAUUGGAAGGAGUUAUAGAGAACUCGGGUUCUGGACAUCGGAAUCAGGCUUCACAGAUACUAUGGAUGAGAAACUUGAUUACAACCCUUCAAUGAGAACACUAGGACAGGUGUUUUGGCCUGGGGGACCUUGGUCUAUUCCCACUGGCUGGACUUUACCAUCAAGCUAUAAAACCCUAAAAAUCGGUGUGCCCAUUGGAUCAGUGUUCAAAUUUUUUGUGAAUCCAAUGUAUGACUCUGAAAACAACCUCUCUUUCAGUGGACUCACCAUCAAGAUCUUCGAAGCCGUCCUGGAAUACUUGCCAUACUAUUUGCCCCACCAAUUCAUUCCCUUCAAUGGCUCAUAUGAUGCAUUAGUACUCCAGCUUGUCCACCCAGAGAAGUUCGAUGCAGUAGUUGGGGAUGUAGCGAUAACAGCGGAGAGGAAUCGGCAUGCAGAAUUCACAUAUCCUUAUACUGAAUCCAGGUUGGUGAUGAUAGUCCCAGUGCAAACAAGGAAUAGAGCAUGGCUAUUCAUUAAGCCCUUCACAAAAUCCAUGUGGGCUCUAACAACAAUCAUCAAUAUCUACAAUGGCUUUGUCAUAUGGUUGAUAGAAAGAAACCACUGCUCCGAUCUCAAAGGCUCAGUGUCGAAUCAGAUUGGAGUUUUGCUUUGGUUGGCCUUCACCACACUCUUCUCUUUACAGGGGCAAGAACUACACAGCAAUUUGUCACGGAUGGCAAUGGUGAUGUGGCUGUUUGUGGCGCUGGUCAUCACGCAGAGUUACACGGCUAACCUUGCCAGCAUGCUCACUGUGGAAACGCUUGAGCCGACGGUGGACGAUAUCGAGUCACUAAAGAUUAGCAAAGCCGUGGUUGGGUGCAGUAGGGGAGCUUUUGUAGCAAACUAUUUGGAGAAGGCCUUAGGGUUCCAUACUGAUAACAUCAGAAGAAUCACUGCACCAGAAGAGUAUGCUCAGGCCCUUAGAAAUGGGGAGAUUGCAGCUGCAUUUCUUGAAGCCCCUUUGGCCAAAUUAUUCCUAGCUCGAUACUGCAAGGGCUUCGCUCGAGCAGGGCCGACGUUUAAAGUCGGAGGGUUUGGAUUUGUAUUUCCAAAGGGAUCUCCGCUGCUUGUCGACAUAUCAGAAGCACUCUUGAAGGUGUCUGAAAGCGGAAAGCUACAAGAACUGGAGAAUGCCAUGGUUGCAUCACAGAAGUGUGUGAAUAUGGAUUGGGAAGAAGAAGAUUCUAGCCUCAGCCCCAACAGCUUCUGGGUGCUUUUCAUAAUAACUGGAGGCACAUCCACAGUGGCUCUUCUCACCUACAUUGCUCACGAUCAUAGGACAUUGAUGAACCACUGGACGCAUUGUAAGCGCAGAAUCCCUCGAAAAGUCAGUGAUUUGGAAAGCUCGACAAAUUCACCAAACAUGCCCGCGUCUUGACUGAGUUUCAGACAUUAUUCAAGGCUAUAUGGCAUGGAAGAAACCGGCUACCAUGGACACAAAUUCUCCCAUCUUCUACUAGAACAUUCAAUUGAUUAGGAAAAAUUUUUAGCAUCUGUUUGGAAAGUAAGAUUAAGAAGCUCCAUUGGCAACUAUUUAUAAACCAAAUUUCAUCGAAAA